AUGAAUCCAGCAAUGACACCUUGUGCAGCACCUCCUGGAUACUAUGGUGGACCAUACAUGCCAUCUCUCAACCCAGGCCAAAGUGGGUAUCCUUAUCGUUGUGUACCAGUUCCUGGGAGCUAUCCAGUGCCAUUUCCUGGAUAUGGUGGACCAAUACCACAACCAUUCCUUGGACCACCACAGCCAUAUCCCAGCACACCCUGUGCAUAUGGCCCAUAUCCUGGAAUGUUCCCACCUGGAUACAUGGUACCUCAACAGCAAUACCCACAGCCAUGCAUGUAUGGAGGACUACCAAUGCCACCACCACCAUUGGCACACUCACAGGAUGGGGCAGCUGUACAAUGUCCUACUAUGUCAACAAAUGGAAUUCCUAAUAACAUCCUUGACCAGGAACAAAGAACUGGUUCAGCACUGAUGAGACCUGGAGAUGACGACAGCAGCUGUGCAUAUGACCUGCCUACUGCAGCACACCAGCAGCAGAAGUCUACAGUUCCCAGCAAGUGUCCACCAGGGUUUCAACAAAUACGGAGUGGUGAUAUAUCACCUGCUAGUAUGCAGUGGAAUACCAUGGUGUCACAUGAUGAUCCCCAAGUUCCUGGAAUUCCACACACAGAAGACAUAGAGGAUAGAGACCAAACUGAUGACAGUAAGUCUGGGUUAUGGCUACCGAGUAGUGAGUAUCCAACUGGUGGUUGCCAAACAACUUCAGACAUAGAGGACAAGAAUGUUCCUGAAGGCAGUUCAUCUGAGUUAUGGCUACUGAGUAGUGAGCAUUCAACUGCUGGUUGCCAUUUAACUCCAGAUUCUGACAUAACAUCCAACUGCCAACCAUUCCCGGAUUUGACUUUGGAUACACAGCCUCCUAGGAGUGAUCUGUUGCCUGAGCAUAGCAACAAGUCUGUUGUAAAUGCUCUGGCAUCCAGCAAUAUACAGAUGUCCUCCUGUGAAGAGCUUGGUACAGAUGAGACAGAUGUGGCUACCUCUGAAUCCCUUACACCACCAGUUCAGGAAGAGGAGCCCAUAUCUAUGGAAGAGACUUGUGAAAAAGAAACAUACCCCGAUAGCUUCUCCAGUGACUCCAAUGAUACAGUGUCUGUCCCAGCUCCAGCUGUGUAUUUUACCACCACCACUAAAAGUGACAACUCAGAUGGCACAACCAAGUUUACUUGGAAUGCUGCCAGCAAGGACCUGCAUUUUACUUGCAGAGAAUACCUUGUUUGUGCCUUCCAGUAUGUUUACUGUGGGCUGUGUUUUUCAUCUGGGCUGCCACUGGAGAACAAGUGCUGGGUUGUACCAUGGCCCAUCACAUUGACAUAG